UUCGUUGUUGGAGGUACGAGCAGCGGUAGUGGUGGGAGCUGGACAAUGUCGGUCACUGGCGAGUCGUUGAUCGACGAUGAUGACGCGAGUGUGCUGGAGGAAGAGGAUGACCUGCAGUCGACUGCUGACUCAGACACGCUGCCGUCGGGCCGGAGCGCACGCAGCCGCGGCGGCUUGGCCAGCCGCGGUGUCACGCUCCCGCUGCUCAUGAAGGAGGGGUUCCUGGAGCCAGGCGAUGGUGCCAUGUCCAUCGACUACCUGGGCCAGAAGUUCCGCGGUGACCUGCUGGCCGACGGUCAGAUCCGCUCCCAAGAGACCUCCGAGCUGUUCAGCUCGCCCAGCUCCUGGGCCAUACACUGCAAGAAGAUCGUCAACCCGGAGAAAAAGUCCGGCUGCGGCUGGGCUUCGGUUAAGUACCGUGGAAAGAAACUGGACAUUUUCAAGAACAUGCUAUUUAAAAGGCGACGGGAGAGAGAGCGUGAGCAAGGAGAACAAGAAGAGGAAUAUGAAAGUGCAUAUGAGGAUGAGAAGAAGGAUCUGCUGCUGAAGAAACGGGCCCUGAUCCAGAAGAUCAUCGUCAAACAUGAGGUGCUGGGCACCAGGAGCGCAGACCAUGACCCGAGUACGCUGCUGGAAUGCGUGCCGUUCAGCGAGCUGGGCAAGAUCCAGCCGUUCACGGUGACGGUGACGAGCAGCACUGCGCUCACCGUGGUCGGCUUCCACUCUCACCUCACCGACUCAGAGGUAGUCGGAUACCUGGCCGGCCGCUGGGACGUCAACACGCACGAUCUGGCCAUCACCCAUGCGUUUCCGGUGCGCUGCCGUCUGGCGGAGAAGAACAAGUGGAAGCGUGUCGAGUACGACAUUUACACGGCCAUCGAGGAGCGCAAACUCACGCUGGUGGGCUGGUACCACUCGCAUCCGCACAGUCCGCCGACGCCCACCAUCCGCGACUCGGACCUGCAGCUCGACUAUCAGAUCAAGAUGAAGGGCAGCAGCGACGCCAGCUACACGCCCUGCGUCGGCAUGAUCUACACGCCGUUCCCCAAGAACAAGAAGCGACCGCUGCAGUCGAACCUGCUCUGCUACUGGGUGAUGCCGCCGCACGAGAUGCGCCCGGGCGACUACCCGCGUCCCAUGGCCAUGGAGUACACGGUGGCGCGCGACUCGUACAUCCACCAGGACGCCCUGACCGAGAUGCGGCUGUGCGCCGAGUUCUACCGGGGCGCUCCGGACGCGGUGAACUUCACGCGCCCGCUGCCCGACGGCAGCACCAACUGGGAGCGGCUCAAGUCGGCGCUGGAGCCGUGCGUGCCGGCCAAACACGGCGCGCAGAUCAUCGAGUUCUUCCAUGACCUGCUGUUCCCGCGGCCGGGCUCCGAGUGCCCCGAGGCCAAGGUGGUACUGUCGACGGCGGCGCUGCUGGCCGACCGCUGCUCGGACCCGUCGCUGGCCGACCUGCCGGCGCACCGGCGCCCUUCUCAUCAGCCAGUGGACUCGCCCGAUCCUACGUACCCGAACGUUGGUCUUCCAAUGGGCUCGCCCGAAGUGGUCUCCCCCGCCGGCCGCUCGGUGGACUCGCCGCAGGACCUGAGCGCCGCCGGCACGGAUGGAUUGGCGACUGCGGGGGUGCUCAGCCCGCCACUGGCCGCUGAUGUCUCCGCCGUGCCCGCGACCGAGUCGGACGACGAGGACCGCCGCAUGGUGAUCGACGAGGCCCCCGGCCCGUGA